UCUCUCUCUCCGCCCCGAAUCCCCCACCGCCUCCGCCCGCCGGGAAGCCGCCGCAUUCCCCGCCCGCCAUGGGGAGGGACGCCCGCCGCCUCCCCCUCCUCCCCUUCCUCCUCCUCCUCCUCGCCGCCGCCGCCGGCGUCGCCGAGUCGGCGACCGACGCGGAAGCCAUCCACGACCUGGCCAGGUCGGUCCCGGCCCUAGGGUGGGAUGGCGACAACGUGUGCGGCUUCGAGGGCGUCACCUGCGAGCGGGGCGGGGCGGGGAAGGUGACGGAGCUCAACCUCGCCGACAGGGGGCUCUCCGGCACGCUCCCGGACUCGCUCUCCUCCCUCACCUCGCUCACCGCGCUGCAGCUCCAGGGGAACGCGCUCACCGGCGCCGUCCCUUCCCUCGCCAGGAUGGGCUCCCUCGCCCGCCUCGCCCUCGACGGCAACGCCUUCACCUCCCUCCCCCCCGACUUCCUCCACGGCCUCACCUCACUGCAGUAUCUCACCAUGGAGAACCUCCCCCUCCCGCCAUGGCCCGUCCCCGACGCCAUCGCCAACUGCUCCUCCCUCGACACCUUCUCCGCCUCCAACGCCUCCAUCUCGGGGCCCUUCCCCGCCGUGCUCGCCACCCUCGUUUCGCUCAGGAACCUCCGCCUCUCCUACAACAACCUCACCGGCGGGCUGCCGCCCGAGUUGUCCUCGCUCAUUGCCAUGGAGAGCCUGCAGCUCAACAACCAGAGGUCGGAUGACAAGCUAUCGGGCCCAAUCGAUGUCAUCGCCUCGAUGAAGAGCCUCAAGCUGCUGUGGAUUCAGUCCAACAAGUUCACCGGCCCGAUCCCGGAUUUGAACGGCACGCAGCUGGAAGCGUUCAAUGUCAGGGACAAUAUGCUCACUGGUGUGGUGCCGCCCUCGCUGACAGGGUUAAUGAGCUUGAAGAAUGUUUCACUGUCCAACAAUAAUUUUCAGGGGCCGAAGCCAGCGUUUGCUGCGAUCCCCGGGCAAGAUGAGGAUAGCGGGAAUGGGUUUUGUCUUAAUACACCUGGUCCAUGUUCUCCACUGACAACCACUCUUCUUCAGGUGGCUGAAGGGUUUGGUUACCCGUAUGAGCUCGCCAAGACGUGGAAAGGGAAUGAUCCAUGCAGUCCAGCCUGGGUCGGAAUCGUUUGCACUUCGUCGGAUGUGUCCAUGAUCAACUUGUCUCGUAAGAACUUAUCAGGUAGGAUAUCGCCUGCUUUGGCAAACCUGACUAGGCUCGCGAGGCUGGAUCUUUCGAACAAUAACCUCACAGGGGUGAUACCGGAUGUUUUGACUACAUUGCCGAGCCUUACAGUUCUUAAUGUCGCAAAUAACAGACUCACUGGCGAAGUGCCCAAGUUUAAGCCAUCAGUUAAUGUGCUUGCUCAAGGAAACCUGUUCGGGCAAUCAAGUGGUAGCAGUGGAGGGGGAGGUGGUUCUGAUGGUGACUCUUCAUCGUCAGAUUCUGCAGGUGGAGGAAAGUCAAAGCCAAAUACUGGAAUGAUUAUUGGAAUUAUUGUAGCUGUGAUUAUUCUUUUUGCUUGCAUUGCGCUUUUGGUGCAUCAUCGAAAGAAGAAGAAUGUAGAAAAGUUCAGGCCUGUGUCAACCAAAACCUCUCCUGCUGAAUCUGAGAUGAUGAAGAUUCAGGUGGUUGGAGCAAAUGGCAUUAGCAAUGGAAGCAGUGCAUUCCCAACUGAGCUUUACAGCCAUGUGAGCGCUGCUAACAGCUCAAACAUUUCUGAGCUGUUUGAGUCCCAUGGAAUGCAGUUGUCAGUAGAAGUGCUGCUAAAAGCCACAAACAACUUCAGUGAGGACUGCAUCUUAGGUAGAGGGGGGUUUGGUGUGGUUUUCAAGGGCAACCUCAAUGGAAAGCUGGUAGCUGUGAAGAGGUGCGACAGUGGUACCAUGGGGACUAAAGGGCAGGAAGAAUUCCUGGCUGAAAUUGAUGUUCUUAGGAAAGUAAGACACCGGCACUUGGUUGCACUACUUGGUUACUGCACCCAUGGCAAUGAGAGACUCUUGGUCUAUGAGUACAUGUCUGGUGGAACAUUACGUGAGCAUCUCUGUGAUCUUCAGCAGAGUGGGUUUAUCCCUCUUACAUGGACGCAGAGAAUGACAAUAGCUUUGGAUGUUGCUAGGGGGAUAGAAUAUUUGCAUGGCUUGGCACAGGAAACUUUCAUCCAUAGAGAUCUUAAGCCCUCCAAUAUAUUGUUAGAUCAAGAUUUGAGAGCUAAGGUUUCGGACUUUGGGUUGGUCAAGCUUGCCAAAGAUACAGAUAAGUCAUUGAUGACAAGAAUUGCCGGGACAUUUGGGUACCUCGCGCCUGAAUAUGCUACUACAGGAAAAGUUACUACAAAAGUUGAUGUGUAUGCAUAUGGUGUGAUACUAAUGGAGAUGAUUACGGGAAGGAAAGUACUUGAUGAUUCGUUACCUGAUGAUGAAACACAUCUUGUAACAAUCUUCCGAAGAAAUAUUCUUGAUAAAGAGAAGUUCAGGAAGUUUGUAGAUCCCACGCUGGAGCUCAGUGCAGAAGGUUGGACGAGUUUGCUGGAGGUAGCCGACCUUGCCCGCCACUGCACAGCAAGAGAACCAUACCAGAGGCCAGACAUGUGCCACUGUGUGAACCGACUAUCCAGCCUGGUGGAUCAGUGGAAGCCUACAAACAUUGAUGAAGAUGACUACGAGGGUGAGACAAGCGAGAUGGGCCUCCACCAGCAACUAGAGAAAUGGAGAUGUGAUGAUUUCACUAUUUCUGACUCAGAUACAUUUGGCUCAUUCAACGUGCCAAGGAAGUACAAUGGAUAAUUCGCAAGGGCAACCCUGUGAUGCCAUGUACAAAGGUGGGAACAGAGUAUGCCGCAUCAAGAGGCUAUCUUCAGCUCUUUUGACCGCGGACAGCAGUGGAGGCGCGUGGCAGAUACUGUAAUUAGCGCGUCGAGAACCAGAAUGCUUGAUGAUCAGCAUAUCACCCUCUGGUAAUUGAUGACGAGAUAGGGUGCUAAAACCGUCUUAAUAGCCAUGAAGGAUUGGUUUACUGGUUUGUAUGCUUAUUAUUGCUGUCCCUAGCUUGGUCAGUCUAUGUCAUUUCGUAGUGCUAGUAACAUAGAGGAUAUGGAACAUUUUGUUUUUGGAUGGUCUAGAAGGGUGAGAAUGGAUAAGUAGCAAAACUAGGCGUGGUCAAAUGGUUCUGCUUGACAUGGGGUAGGAUUUAGAACGGUUGUUUUGUUAACUGUCAACCCUGAGGUAUUCUUUUGGAGCGUUUUCUGUAUUCGUCGUGUACAUGCCUGAAUUUUUUCCUGAUUUCCAUGCUUCCAUUGAAAUGUGAAAUUGCUUGGAAAUGGCUAUAAUGCAA